AUGAGGCAGCCGAUCGACAAGGCGUCGUUGGAACGCUAUCUCGAACAACAUGUCCCUGAGAUUAAAGUCCCCAUUACAAUCCGACAGUUCGAAUACGGCCAGUCGAACCCGACGUACCGCCUAACAGACCAGCACGGCCGCGACUUUGUGCUGCGCAAGAAACCACCCGGAAAACUGCUCACGACGGCCGCGCACCAGGUCGAGCGCGAGUUCCGCGUCAUCUCGGCGCUCAACCGCUCCCCAGGGAUCCCCGUGCCCAGGGCGUACUGCCUGUGCGAGGACGUCGGCGUCGUCGGCACGCCCUUUUACAUCAUGGAGUUCCUGGACGGGAGAAUCUUCAAGGAGGCGUACAUUCCCGGGGUGUCGGCGGAGGAGAGGAGUCUUAUGUGGAAAGAAGCCGUACAGACCCUCGCGCGCCUGCACGGCGUCGACCCCGCCGCCGUCGGCCUCACCAACACCACCACCGGCGCCGCCAACUUUGGCCAACCGCGCGGUUUCUACGCGCGCCAGAUCCGCACGCUCAAGCGGCUCGACGCGUCGUACUCGCAGGUCCGGGACGUCGAGACUGGCGAGGCCGUGGGCCGGAUUCCGGGGAUGGACGAGAUGGUGGCUUUUUUCGAGGACCAAGGCAGUGCUCCCCAGGAUCGCGGCGCCAUCACCCACGGCGACUACAAGAUCGAUAACCUGGUGUUUCACAAGACGAAGCCCGUCAUUAUUGGUAUUCUCGACUGGGAAAUCGCCACAGUCGGCCACCCGCUCUCGGACCUAAGCAACCUGACCAUGCCGUGGACGGUGACACAGGGAUUCACCGACAUCAAGACGCACGCGCACCCUGCGUUCGCCGGUGCCGACGCCGCUACCAGCCCUCCCGGCCUGCCCACCAAGCAACAGUGUCUGGACUGGUACCGCGAGGUGGCCGGGUGGGACCCCAGCGGCGACAUGGCGUGGUCCGACGCCUUUGCCGUGUUCCGCACGGGCGUCAUGAUUCAGGGCAUCGCCGCGCGCUGGGCCGUCAGGCAGUCGAGCGGCGAGGGGUCGUCGUCCGCCGAGCUCGCCCUCGAGAGGUUUCCCUACUCGCGCGCCGCGUUGAGCAUGGUCAGAGAGUUGAAACGCCGUGCUCAACAGGGACAGCAGAAUCAGGGAGAGAGGAUCAAGAAGAGGGCUGUGCUGUGA